AUGAACUCACCAAAACACGCCAGCUCUUUGGCUACUCCUCCGUCUACUCCAGGCACGCCUCACGUGGAUUCUGCGUCUCUUGCAUCUUCCAAGUCACCACCGGCAUGGAAUUCACGAUGCCGGAAAACCGACCAGAAAUCGAAGAAUCGGACAGCAAUUUUCAAUACAAUGAAUCUCCAUCAAGCCUGCAAGAGCUCCAAAUUUAACGUCAAAGUCUUAUCCAACACGACUGGAAAGCCACCACGAAGGCUUUUGAGGCGACACAAGCAGUUCACAUACUGGAAUCAAGUUUCCAUGUUGACCGACGAUUGUGAAGAACCAGAGUCCGAUAGAUGCGAGAGAGUUUAUCAUGCGUGA